AUUAAACGAGGCAAAUAUGAAGCAGUUGAAACAAGUUAUUGAAGCUUUACAUUCAUCUCAAUAUUUAAGUGCCUCUAUUGGCUACAAUGGAGCGAUAAACAACUGUACGUUGUUAGAAAAUGGCAUUAAAUAUAGUGAGCAAUUGUUGCUCCAUUGGUGUAAGACACAUUCAUUAGAUAAGGAAGUACGCAAUAGUUUCACCGAUGUCAUUGAAGACGAAGCCUUAGUUGACACUAAUGAUAGAUCUAAUUUUAUAUUUUCGAAACAAUUUCAUGACGGCAUUAGACAUUUAUGUAGUAAAUCGGUAAAUGAACAAUAUCCCGUAAUUUGGAAAACGAUACAAAAAAUACAUACUAAUAAUUUAAAUAAAGUAGCCACAAACAAUUUUGAUGCCUCUACAACAAGAAUUCGUACAUUCUUAUUCACAUAUUACUUAACUCAUCCGGCGAAAGGUGUUAGUGAUUUUUUUAAAGCUCAACGUGAAUGCAAAAUCUGGUGGAUGCGCUUUAGUACUGAUCCCAGCAAAUACUAUUUAGAUCCAUAUAAAUUUAGUGACAUUUCGGAGUCAACAGUACCUCCUGGCACCCAAUCGAUUACAAUUAAAACAAAAUUACCCUAUGUUACACUAGAUGUGGAGUCCAUAACACUAGUUCCUUUAUUAAAAACGCAUUUGGAUAAAAAAAUAAAUGCAUUUUUAUCAAAUAAUACCAGUGGUCAAGACAUCGCACCCGCCGUCAUACGGUCAGUUAUUGAUCUGCAGGCUGCAACAAGUGCGGUUCUCUUCGAUAGCGUGGAUAACGAACAUGAAAACACUUUGUUGCUCAAUAGAAAAUUAGCUCCUUAUCAAUGUGUCGUAGCUUGCUGUCAUCAAGAUAACAAAUUGAUCGACUUGGGAGAUCUUUGUUUGCAUAUAAGUAACGUGCUAUUGCGGUCCGGUCUACGAUUGAAACCAGAAAAUAUGAUUUUUACCCAAUGCUCCAAUAAAAUGGAAGAGGAACUUUUUAAAUGUGAUAGCCUAGGCAUACCAUAUGCAGUGAUCAUCAACGAAAGCACCCUUCUGAAUGGCCUAUUGAAACUACGUAGUCGUGAUACCACCUUAGAGGAAACGAUACAUAUUAGUGAUUUGCCAAAUUAUUUAUUACAAAUAUUUUCAAACUAAAUUAAAUAAGAUAAAACACA